UUACACCCACCCACAAAAGCUUCCUGUGUGGGGGUACAAGCGCUUUAGACCUUGUGAUACAAAGUGUUGGACAGAAAAAAAUCAGACAGAGAGAGAAAGAAAGACAAGGCCACGGAUGUAGGAUCAACUCGACCAGACAAGCAACAGCAAACAAGCGAAAGAAGCUUAAGUUAGAGAUGAAGAGCAGAGAAGGUCACAGCCAAUCUAAGCGUUGACCACAGAACUUGUGAACUGCUGCAACCACUGCUUCCGUAACGACAUCAGUUCCUCAACUCAACUACAGCCCAAAGACAGACGCACGCAGAAAGAAAGUGAAAGAUGGGCUCCUUUCUGAAAUCCACCGAUCUCCCGUUUCUCUGAUAUGACAGAGGAAGCUGCUGUCUCACACAUCAUGCCAUGGACGCCCAAAUGCACAUUCUGAGGAACCAACUGGAUCUAAUCGCCAUCAAGGAAGCAGAAGAUGAAACGGCAGAGAACGGCUUUGCCGGGGAGUUUUUGAAACUGAAAAGGCAGUCGACUAAAUAUCGUGCGGAGAGGACGUAUCCCACCACAGCUGCAGAUAAACAAGACAAUGUGAAGAAGAACAGAUAUAAGGACAUUGUUCCCUUUGAUCACAGCCGAGUGAAGCUCUCCCUCUUCACAUCUAAAAAUGACACGGACUACAUCAAUGCUAGUUUCAUUAAGGGUGUUUCAGGCUCUAAAGCAUAUAUUGCCACCCAAGGGCCACUGUCAAACACUGUGCUUGACUUCUGGAGAAUGAUAUGGGAAUACAACAUAAAGGUUAUCGUGAUGGUUUGCCGAGAGUUUGAAAUGGGCAGGAAAAAAUGUGAGCGUUACUGGCCAGAGUCAAAGGGGGAUGUGUUUGUGUGUGAGGCCUUUACCAUACUCUAUGAGUCUGAUGAGAAUAAGGGAGACUACUUGACACGAACGCUGAAAGUGACAUUCAAGCAAGAGUCGCGAAGACUGAAGCAGCUGCACUAUGUGAACUGGCCUGAUCACGGUGUUCCUGACUCUAUUCCUGCCAUCCUGGAGCUUCUGCAGGAGAUGCGCAUUUACCAGGACAACGAGGAAAUUCCCAUCUGCAUCCACUGCAGUGCGGGCUGUGGAAGAACAGGUGCAUUGUGCGCCAUUGACUACACCUGGAAUCUACUGAAGAGACAGAUAAUACCAGAGGAUUUUAGCAUUUUUGAGCUGGUAAAGGGCAUGCGCACACAAAGGCCCUCAGUGGUUCAGACUAAGGAACAAUAUGAACUAGUUUACAGAACAAUUAAGUUGCUGUUCGAAAGAUAUCUGGCAGCACUUGAAGCACCAAGUAACAAGGUGCCAGAUUCCUCCUCUCCUGCCAUGUUAAGCAGUGGAAGUGAACUCUCAGAUAUCAGCGAUUUCAGCGAUCAGGAACAAACUGAGCACAGGAAUGAUGAGAUCCGAGUGGAUGAAUACAAUCAUGUUAUGCAAAACAGCGCUUCUUGGCAACAGCCUCAUUCACAAACAUUCAGUCCAGAGGUCAUGUCCAACAAACUCACUCCUGCAGACCUGCACAAUGCAAGAUGUGAAUGGGUCCAGAUCACAGACCAGAGCUCAUCUAUAGCACCAGUUCUUCAAACUGACUUUACGACUUGUGGAUCUCAAAAACCCGAGGCGUCCACCAGCCUAAGCACAACUUCAACACAAGUUUCAUGUUCAAAUUAUCUGGAAUGGGUAGAAAACCAAGAAGCUAGUCCUGUUGUCAAAGAUCACAACACUGUUAUUCCCAGCACCCUCUGCCUAACUGUGGAAGAUCCUUAUUUUGGGCCCGAGUCUCCACCAGGUAGCAACAAUCCCAGUGUUUUGAACUGUACGGCUCAUGAAAUCUGGACAGAGAAACCCUGUUUUACAAUACCUAGUUUAGCUCUAAAUAACCAGGCGUUGGAGAUGCCAAAGCAUGACUCCAAUAACAAAGGUGGAAAUACACUCUCAUCUGAUGAAGAAAGCCCUCCUCCUUUACCAGAACGAACUCCAGAGUCUUUUAUAAUGGCAGAUGAAACUAGUGGUCAGUCCAAUAAUGAAAAGAGUGAAACCAGUGAGCUGCUAACUCUGGUGAUCCCAACCAGCACCAGUUCUGAGAGUGUCAACAGAGACAACCCACCUUCACCUGUACCCCCUUUGCCAGAAAGAACUCCGGAGUCUUUUGAAAUGGCGAUGGAUGCGGACUUGGUACAGAAUGUGACCCAGGAAAAACCCCAGGAGGUUGUAAUGAGAGUUGGGAAAUCAUUAGAAUGGUCCGGGCAAACAAAUGAAGGUCAGACAGACAUGAAACGAUCGUGGUCCAGGAGCAAGAGCUUAAAACUUAGGAUGUCACUUCCUGCAUCAUCUACUCCACUCAGCCCUAUUACGAUCACAAGUCACAGUCCUCCUCCUCUACUGUAUAAGCAUACACAAGAUACUUUUCUAGACACCUCAACAUCACAUGGACAGACAUUUAACUCAUUUCAAGGGAAAGAAAGUCUAACUCCACCACUUCCCGAAAGGACUCCAGAAUCCUUCAUUUUGCACACGGAGAAAGUGUCGAACAACAGCGCCCCCUGUCAGCCAGUUGAAGCAGAGCAGUACAGAGGGAGAGUGGGAACAUCAUCUGAAUGGUCAGGAACUUCCCAGCCCAAAUCAUCGGUGGCACAUACUUGGAGCCGAAGCAAGAGUGUCAGAGCAAAAGGUUCAAAACAAGAGCCUCUUUCUGUGGCUCCGCUGUCUCUGCCCGUCUCUGUAACCACGCCAACCAUAGGCCAAGAGCACCAGAUGGGAUACAGCAAUCAGUUAGCAGCAACCGGGCAAUUGGAGAACCAGUCAAACAAAGGGGCAGAGAAAACUUCACUGGUCAGCAAAGCAAGGAGCAAGAGUUUCAAGCUUUUAAAAGGAAAACAGAAGCCAAAAACGGCUCCGCCUCCAGUACCAUCUUCAGCCUCAUCUACAGCCCCGCCUCAGCCUGUCCCAACUUAUGGUCCUGUGGGAUUAUUAUUUUCUUUUGGAACUCGUUUUGGAAAGCCAAAAGGACCUCGAAAUAAGCCAGAAACCUGGGUCUAGCUCAUACAAAAGGUUAACAACAACGAGAAAAAAAAAAAAAAAAAACAGCCUCACAUGCAAGUGUAACAGAAGAUUUUCUGAGAAAAGAUUUCUUUCAGCUUUAGAGAGACUGUGUUUUUCAGGGAUAUCAGAUUAACCUCACAGAAUAGAUGGACAUUUAUAAAGACUGUGCCUUUGUCAAUGACUUCAACAUCUUUAAAAGGUAUAGCAGCCUUUUUAAACAGCAUGUUGCAAAUAUAUUUAAGCAACUCAAAUGUAAAUAAAAUGAUUGCAUGUGUGCAACUAAAAAUAAUAAAAGGGAUGAAUGUACCG